AUGCCUCUCUCAGAAAAUGGGGGUAAUUCCGAACACCUGCAAAGUGACCCAAACCUGCUUGUUCCGACCCGCAACGACGUUCCACAAGAACCGAAUAACUUCAAAACUAUUACUGGAGUUAAUAGCCACCCAAUGCGACCAGUAGAAUCUACAUGCUUGGGUCCGCUGAGGUCUUCAUGCAUGCAUCCUGCAAGUACCACCUGGGCGCCUGGCACGCUUGCCACGGAGCACCGGGACUGGGCUGGCCGGCUGGGAUGCACGCUCUCCACGGGUGUGAAGGGCGUCCUCGAGAUCUUUUUGGGUCCAGUGCGGCCCGCGCUGCUGCUUUUGCUUCUUGCGCUGUGUUGGAGGAGCGGACUCUGA